GCCGCCCCGCCGGCCCCGGGAGCCGCCGCCGCCGCCGCUGGGGGCACACAAGGGCCGCGGCGGCGGGGUGGCGGCGGCGGCGGAGCAGCAGCAGCAGCAGCGUUGGGCCGGGCUGGUGCCGCUGGCCGGCGGCAGGCAGGCCGGCGCGGGGGAUGCCGGCGCCCGGCCCCGCUACCAGGCGGGUGCUGCCCGGGCGCGGCGCCGGGGAGGGCGCGGCGGGGCCGGGAGCGGGGCCGGGAGCGGGGCCCACCGAGCCGGGCCCUCCGCCGCCGCCGCCCGCCGAGGGCAAGUGGAAGAGCGGCCCGCGGCGCGGCGGGAUGGGGGCCGGCGGGGGCUCGCCGGGGCAGGCGGCCUGCCUGCGGCAGAUCCUGCUGCUCCAGCUGGACCUCAUCGAGCAGCAGCAGCAGCAGCUGCAGGCCAAGGAGCGGCAGAUCGAGGAGCUCAAGGCCGAGCGGGACACGCUUCUGGCCCGGAUUGAGCGCAUGGAAAGGCGAGUGCAGCUGGUGAAGAAGGACAGCGAGCGGGAGAAGCACCGCAUCUUCCAGGGCUUUGAGGUGGACGAGAAGCCGGAGGUGGAGGUGUGCGAGAAGCUGCCGCUGGAGUGUCCCCAGGACCUGCUGGAGCCCCCCCCGACCCUGCAGCCCAAGCACUUCCCCUAUGGCAGGAAUGGGAAGGGGCACAAAAGGAAGCCCACGUUUGGGAGCACGGAGAGGAAGACGCCUGUUAAAAAACUGGUGUCCGAGUUCUCGAAAGUGAAGAGUAAAACUCUAAAGCACUCCCCGGGGAAGGAGGAAUCGGGCGGCUCCUUGUCCGAAACUGUUUGUAAACGAGAACUGCGGAGCCAAGAGACUCCGGAAAAACCCAGGUCGCUCCUGGAGACCCCGCUCCGAGCCUCGGCACCGCCAAAGGGCCCCGGUGCCCACCCCAAGGAGAAGAGCUUCAGCAGUGAGGCAGACGACCUGCCCUAUCUCUCAACCACGGAAAUGUACUUGUGCCGCUGGCACCAGCCGCCCCCGUCACCGCUGCCGUUGCGGGAGCCUUCUCCAAAGAAGGAGGAGACUGUGGCAAUUCCGUCUUGGAGGGACCAUGUUGUGGAGCCCCUGAGAGACCCCAACCCCUCGGACCUUCUGGAGAACCUGGAUGAUAGCGUCUUUUCCAAACGGCACGCCAAGCUGGAGCUGGAUGAGAAACGAAGGAAAAGGUGGGACAUCCAGCGGAUCAGGGAACAGAGAAUUCUCCAGCGGCUGCAGCUCCGAAUGUACAAAAGGAAAGGGAUUCAGGAGUCGGAGCCUGAAGUUACCUCAUUUUUCCCUGAGCCAGAUGACGUGGAAAGCUUGCUCAUCACCCCCUACCUGCCUGUCGUCGCCUUUGGCCGGCCCUUACCAAAACUGACCCCACAGAACUUCGAGCUGCCCUGGCUGGAUGAGCGCAGCCGGUGCCGCCUGGAGAUGCAGAAGAAGCAGACGCCGCACCGGACCUGCCGGAAGUAGCAGAGCCACCGGGAGCUCAGUCCCGUCACCGGGAGCUCCGUCCGUCACCGGGCCGUGCUGCCGGCUGCUCCUGCCUUCUGAGCGGGGGGCUUCGCCCCUCCAGCACCCCCGUUUUGUUCUUUUGGAUUCUUACAAACGUGCCCCGGACUUGUGCCCCCCUCACCGCGCCACCAGCCGUACCCUCACCGGCACUGCUCACCUACUGGUUGAGGCUGCCGCGGUCCUGGGGGGCAGCGGGCAGACCCCAGACCCAUCCUCACUGCGCCACUGCUCUGGACGCUGCCCCUGCCGCCCCCCCCAGCCAUGGUUGUGGACAUCGGGGCUGGGGGCACCUGAUCCCGGUGGGGGGGUGGGGGGGCUGUAUCCUGCCGGGGCUCCACCGCCGCUGCUGUUACUUGUUAGUUGGGGAAAGGGGGGAGCAGCAGCUGGUGGUGGGGGGUGGGGGGCGGCGGUGGCGUGGGGAGGGUCCUCAUCGGGUGGGUUUUUCCCCCCUUCCUGAACAGCUGUGAGGGGAGGGGGGGAAGUUUAAAUUUUUUUUUUUUUUUUUUUUUUUUUUGGUGAAAUAGAAAUCCUAUACGCACAAUUUGGGUUUUUAAAUUUUUUUUUUAUAUAUAUAUAUAUAUAUAUAUAUAAUUUAAUUGUUUUGAGGUUGCCAAGCGGUGCUGUAAGGAGGGGGGGGUUGCUGGGGGGGGGGCGGGGGGGGGGGCUGUGGCUGCUCGGUGCGGUGGUCCUGGUCCCAGGCCCCCAGUCAUGACCCUCGCUGCCAGGGCCCCCACGGUGCCAGGUAGGUGGGGAGGGGGCUCUGGGGGGGUAGGGGGGGUCCCGUGUGCCCCCCGCUCCCCUUCAGCAGAGAUUAAACAGGAAAGCUGCCAGCA